AUGGUGGCUUCCAAGGGAUUUGAAGACCUGCCCUCGGAUGUUACCAUCCGCUGCGUCGCUGUGCUGCCGAUUGCAGACGCGCCGCAGUUUCGAAGAGCUUGCCGGCGAUUGAGCCUGCUCUGCGGCAUGAGCUUCUCGCGCACUCGCGCUCGGCUCGGCGUCCGCGAGCUCCGCCUAGUUGGCGGCGUAGCUGGAGACCCGAGGGCACCGCUGCGGAAAGGUGGGCAGGCCACGCGCCUCACCAUGGAGCUACAGCCCAACGCCACCUCGGCUGCAAAGGAUCUUCUGAAGAUCAAGGGCUCGGAGCUGGAAGCGGUCAUCGACGGAGUGGAUAGAGCUGCUUCCUCACUGGAGACACAAGUGAGCACUGCAUGGGAGCAGGUACCCACGGCCCUCAACAGUCAGGAGCAGCUGCCUGACUCGCAAAGAAGCACGCUACAUGACUGGGACAGCGGCGGCUACAUGCGAGAGGCCGAAGUGUAUGCAGUGAUUGGAGGGCAGCUGUACCUUAUUGGGCCAGCCGAGUGUCCGGACCUUCGUUGGAUGAUGCAGAUGGUGGAUGCAGAGGCUCAGUUUGCUUCCUUUCAGAACGCGCGACUGUACAUCGCGGACGUCACCGCUGAAAUCCAGACGAGCUCCACUGUUCGAGACCAGGAAGUGUCGGCCCUGCAACGUUCCAAUGACUUCCGGCCUUCAGAUCUGAUCAAUGGUGGAAAUGGCACAUCGAGGACCGAAUUGGAGUCUCCGACCCUGGGCCAAGGUGUUCGAGGACACGUCUGCCAUUUUGCAGAUCAGAACAUGGAGCUCGUAGCAUCAAGGCCCCCCAACCUCGUAUCCGGCCUCUACAGACCGGGACCCGAAGCUGUCUCAAAAAAGCCGCUGUGUGGAGGAAAGCUGCUUUUCUGUGCGCUGGAGCUUUGA